AGGUGCCUGAGGCGGAAAGGUCCUGCGACAUGCUCUGGCUGCUCGGCUCGAACGGCGACGUGGCAGUCGAGGAGGGGAACGAGUUCUGCGAGGCAAGGGAGAGACGGCCACUGCUGUUGGUCGCGGAGAUCGGCGGCCGGUAGUGCGCCGGCGAGAUGUAGGGCGUGCCGUUCGCAGCCUGCGUGGCGGCUGCGCCGGGCGACGGCACAGUCGAGGGCGAUGGUGGAGGCGGCAUGAUGCGUGCGGCCUCCUUCUCUGCCUCCUCCUUGGCGCUGCUGUUCGCGUCGCUGCUGUGCCCAGAGGUAUUGCCCAUCGAUGCGGGCGCGGAAGGGAGCAGCGCUGCGUCGACUAGGCCGGCGACGUUAUUGGCGUCCAUGCGGCCCUGCAUCGUCCUGAGCUGCGGCGGCCGUGGCUUCUCGCCGGCGACACCCAUGCUGCUGGAUGCCCGCGUGAGGUCUCCGCCGGUUGUGUUCGCCGAGCUCGUCCAUGCAGCGCCGAGGGGAGCGCUGGUCGGAGGAGGCGCAGCUGCAGCAGCCGACGACGCUGAGCGCGCCAUCGACAUGAUGCUCUUGCUGCUGCUCUGCAGGCUGCGCGCCAGGCGGCUCUGCUCCUCAAAGUCCCGGCGCUGCUCGACGUUGGAGAGUGCGCGAUUCGUCAUGCCCGUGCCGCCUUGCGGUGUGCCAAAGGUCUGGCGCAUCGCAUCUCGCGCACGCUUGCGGCUCGGCGAGUCGGUGCUCUGCUGGAUGUGUGUGAGACAGCUGCAGCGAGCGAGCACAGAAGGAAGCACUCACAGAGCCGUCCUUUCUCUGCUGCUGCUGCUCGUGCUGGCGCGCUGCCGCCUGCAUCGCGGCAACGUCCGGCUCGCCAGGCAUGGGGCCCUGCUGCUGCGCGAAGAAGCUCGUCUGGCUCUGUCCCGGUUCGCCCUGGAAGCCUUGCUGCUGCAUCGGGAAGUUUGGGUGCUGCGGCGUGAGGGGCGAGGAGACGCGCUGCUGGUUCUGCUGCUGCAUCUGGCGCUGCUGCUGCUGCUCCUGGUGCCGCUCGUUGGCCUGCAUGACGCGCAGCUCGUUGUGCCCGCCCUGGGCGUCCUGCUGCGCCAGCUGGCCGAUCUGCGCCUGGAGUCUCGCCUGUGUUUCGCAAACCGUCAGCGCUAGGCGCAAGCCAGAGACAGCGACCUACUCACGCGGUCGUUCGGCGAGAGGUUCUGCAUCGACUGGCCCUGCCAACCUAGUGCCUCGACGGCGCGGCCGACCAUGACCUGGGCGCUC